AUGGGCCAGCGUCGGUGUGGUGAAAAGUGCUGCUGUGGCCAUCGUCAGGCGGACGAGAGCGACGCAGAAUCCGACGACGCCUCACACCCCAGACGACGGUAUGUGUGUCUGCGUAAAUUUCUCGCCAUCACUUGCUCCCAGCUUGGCCUCCUUGUUUUCAUAAUUGCCUACCUAAUUGGCGGUUGCUUCCUGUUCACGUUUCUUGAGCGCGAAAAUCAACAGUUGCUUCUAAGUGAAGGCGUGUCUGGGAUAAAGGACGCCUAUGAAGAGCUGAAGGGAGAAGUCAGUCGGCCAACUCGAUCUGUGGACGGUGAUUCACCGUCGGCGGCACACGCUAUUGGACUUCAGUGCGUUGACAUGCAGGUGAAUGUUUUACUGGAAGAAGUUCAACGCCUUCAGCGUCGCCUGAAUAAUGAGGAGUUGCGAGUGCGUGCAGAUGAACUGAGUCAGCUGAAACAAGAGGUCACGAAUCUUGCCAUUUUGAAUGAAGAGGAGGCCUUGGGUCAAAGACUCUCUGAUUCCUUGCAGAUUAACCUAACUGCCCAGAUUGAAUCAUUUAGAAAGUACACUAUGAAUGCAAGCCGCAAAACACCCGACGAGGAGUCGAAACAACUGUUUAACUCGUUUGUUCGUUCAGUCUAUGAGGCCGUCAGAGUUGGCUGGGUCCCACCUCCCCUCACAGAGACGACCGUCGACUCCCCAACUCGCAGCUCCAUGCAACCAAGAACAUCUUCUCCUCCACAGAAUCCGGUACAGCACGAAUCAAUCCUGAAAAUGCGCGUGCCCCGAACCGAUCCGUGGUCGCCGAGUGGGUCGCUGUUUUACGUCAUAACAGUAAUAACCACAAUCGGUGAGUUGUUCGUUUUCACUGCUUUAACCGCUUUGUCAAGUAAAAGUGGGCCUUCUGGUAGUGCACACAGAUUGCCUUUUCUUGGAAAAUUAUCUCAUGGCAAGGAAAUCUGGGUCUUCUUGAUCCCAGGAGUCGGUGACCUCUUUGCAGGAUAA